AUGGAUUGUGUUCUUGCAGCUGCUCUUAACUCCGAUGGUCUAUUUCCUUCAAGAUCAUUUAUUGAUCAAUGUUGUUUUCAAAAUGCUCACUUUGCUCGAACAUAUGAUGAAAAAAUCUAUGAUAUUCGAGCUUUACCUUCGAAACAUUUAGCUAUUGUAUGUUGUAUGGAUGCACGUGUUGACCUGUUCCGUAUUCUUGGAUUGAAUCCUGGUGAAGUGCACAUAAUUCAAAAUGGUGGUGGUCGUAUUCGAGAUGCUGUUCGUUCACUUAUUUGUAGUCAAGCAUUAUUACAAACAAACGAAGUAAUGAUCAUUCAUCAUACUGAUUGUGGUUUUACUUAUUUUUCAAAGAACACACAAAUUUUGGCUUCCCUCAAGGUGAGAACAGGAACAAGAAAAGAACAACUGAGUGCCUCACAACUAUCGUAUCACGAAGACAAUUCUGAUUUUAUGCCAAUUACUGAUUUAGAACAAUCAGUUCAUGAUGAUCUUGCUGAAUAUAAACAAUAUCCAUUACUUAAACAAGAUAUUAUUGUUCGAGGAUUUUUAUAUGAUACAAAAACUGGUUUACUCAAAGAAGUCAAAUGA